GCUCCCCGGGGUGGGGCUUGCCUGGGCCUGAACUCUCCCUGCCGGGUUUCGGGGUGAAGUUGCCAUGCGUUCCGGGGGCCGCGGGCGGCCCCGGUUGCGGCUUGGGGGGCCCGGCCUCCUGGAGCCCCCCUCGCCCCGCAAGCGCCUCCUGCUCCCACGGAUGCACCUGUUGCCGCAGCUUCUGCUGACGCUGGCAGUGGCCGUGGCGCUCUACAUCCUCUGGGGCGCCUGGCGCCGCGGGGCCGAGGACCUGCCGCCGCGGGCCCCUCAGAUCGGAAGCCUCCCCGAAGCCUCCCUGCGGAGGGUGGUGAGCCAGCUGGACCCACAGCGCCUCUGGAACACUUACUUACGCCCCCUGUUGAUUGUGCGGACCCCUGGCAGCCCGGGAAAUCUCCAAGUCAGGAAGUUCCUGGAGGCCACACUUCGGACCUUGACGGCAGGCUGGCAUGUGGAGCUGGACCCCUUCACAGCCUCGACACCCCUAGGGCCCCUGGACUUUGGCAAUGUGGUGGCUACGCUGGACCCUGGGGCUGCCCGGCAUCUCACCCUGGCCUGCCAUUACGACUCCAAGCUCUUCCCCUCUGAGUUGACGCCCUUUGUGGGGGCCACAGAUUCUGCUGUACCCUGCGCCCUGCUGCUGGAGUUGGCCCAGGCCCUUGACCUGGAACUGAGUCGAGCCAAGGAGCAGGCCGCCCCCGUGACCCUGCAGCUACUCUUCCUGGAUGGUGAAGAGGCACUGAAGGAGUGGGGACCCAAGGAUUCCCUGUAUGGCUCCCGCCACCUGGCCCAGCUCAUGGCGUCUGCACCUCACAGUCCCGGCCCGACCAGGAUCCAGGCUAUUGAGCUCUUUCUGCUACUUGACCUUCUGGGCGCCCCCAACCCCACCUUCUACAGCCACUUCCCUCGCACGGCCCGCUGGUUCCAUCGACUGCGCAGCAUUGAGAAGCGCCUACACCAGUUGAAGCUGCUGCAGUCUCACCCCCAGGAAGUGAUGUACUUCCAGCCCGGGGAGCCCAUCGGCUCUGUGGAAGAUGACCACAUCCCCUUCCUUCGCAGAGGGGUCCCGGUGCUCCAUCUCAUCGCCACACCUUUCCCCUCCGUCUGGCACACGCCCGAGGACCGUGAGGCCAACCUCCACCCCCCCACGGUGCACAACCUGAGCCGCAUCCUGGCCGUGUUCCUGGCAGAAUACCUGGGGCUGUGACCUGCCCGGCUGCCUCCCAGGAGGACGUUCCCAGCAGACACACCAUCGGCUCCAGAAUCCAGCUCAUCCCCGAUCAGGUCUUCAGCCCUGCCGGUGCUCUGCUUUCCUGUCUCAAGCUGUGGAGAGAGCAUCUGUCUGUCCCUUCCCCGAGGGACCCAACUGGGGUGAAGACCUGCAGGAGCCAGGCGCUCUUGUCUUUUUUUUUCCUCAGCAAACCAUCUCGACAAACACCACCAUCUAAGCAGGAUGGAGUCUCCAUGGCUCAGGUUUCUCUGGCAGCUUCUUUUCCAGAGGGGCAGCCUGGCUGCUGCCUCAGCUCAAACCUGACUCCCACCCCAGAGUGCCAGGUGGAAGCCACACAUGAGCUUACAAGAAGGAACAGGAAGGCCCUGAAGUCCCAGGUUCUAUCCCUGACACCACCAUAAGCCAGAGCUGAGCAGGGCUUUAAAUGAAUAAAAAUAAAUGAAUAAAAAUAAAAGAGGAGGAACAGAAGUCUAGAUCCUCACGGAUCUGAUGGGCAGUAAAGCACCACUGUCACCGAACCUCGUGCAGGACGAGUACAGAGACCGUGUCUGAAAAAAGGGGGCAGAGAUGAAAAGUGCAGGAUGAGUCUUGCACUUAUCUGGACUUUCAGAAGUGACAGUGGGCAGGGAGAUAGCCCAAUGGGCAAAGCACGGGCCUUACUGUGCGUAGGGUCCUGGGGUCAGCGCUAGCCAGAAUGGGGAUCACACUAAGGGAACGCUCAUGUGACUAAAUCAGUCUCAGCUGGAGAGACAUCAGAUGCCAAAUCUCACAUAGCUGGACACCUUCAUGGCAGCUUGUCUACAUGUUGUUCAUCUAUUUAUUCCUCUUUAUGACUCACUGGUGUCUUUUACAGUCUGGGAUUCAGAAUCAUGUCUGCAAAUUUUAUCUCUGUACCAUUUUCUCUACUGAUUCCAGAGCAUAAAUGAAACAUCUCAGGCUUCCUUACACACCACCCUUCACAACUCCUUUCAUGUUGUCUUGGAUUCUUGUUUAUCUCUGUGCUACUUUUAAAACCUAGUUGUUCAAUAAAUCUUUCUUCAUCUGUG